UAAAAAAACAUAAAGUCAGACCACUUUGAAACGCUCGGCCCAAUAAAUUUGCAUCAUUCUGAUAGUUUAUUUUUAAAACUUUGAAAUCUCGUCCUCCCACGAAACAUCUUUUGCUAGUUUUGGAUAAGAAAUCCUUUUUGCUGAGCAGUUGUGAUUGAACGAUUGUAGUUUAGUGCUUGCGCGUACUCUGGUGUCCUUUGGAAAGGACACCAAUAGCGGAGACAGAACAAAAAAAUCGAUUCUCUGUUGCGUUUGUUGAAAGACGAAAAGAUGUAAAAAGAAAUAGUGUUGGUGGACAAAGCUCUGGAAAAAGGAAGAAAUAAUUUUAACUGUGCGUGGGUUUGCUUAUAAGCCUGCAGCCCAAGAAAUGGAUACUAAAAAUCCCAUCCUCCACAUUCUGGUGGUGGGUUUCCACCACAAGAAAGGGUGUCAGGUGGAGUUUUCCUACCCUCCUCUGAUAGCGGGGUCGGAAGGAAAACAAGAAUGCCCUUCUGGAUGGAAGUAUCUACCAACGUUGGCCCUCCCGGAUGGAUCUCAUAAUUUCAACAAGGACUUUGUGUGCUUUAACCUGCCCAGCUUGACCGAUCCCCACGAAUCCAUCUAUGGGAUCAGCUGCUAUCGGCAAAUUCCGGUUGAAAAACUGAAGAUUCGAACAAUCGACAUGACCCGUAGUACGGUGCAAAAGGCCGUUUGCGCGCUACUGUCCAUUCCGAUCUAUGGAUAUGUCGAAGUUAAGUUGUCGCUGAUAGCACAUGCAUUUUUCGAGCAAGGUGAUUUUUCGUGCACUGAUAUUUUGGUGAAAGCAUUUGAGCAGCAAAAUGCUUGUCUGUAUUCAAUGGAUCCACUAGAAUUAGCUCCCGCCAGGCUGCAUUUUGUUGGAUUGCCAUUAAGAGAGUUACUCUUGAAAUGGCGACAUAAAUUACUCAUAUUGUACAAGUUACUGAUGCUACAAAAGCGUGUUAUCUGCUUUGGAUCACCAGUUCAGCCGACGUGUGCAUUAAUUUUAGGAGUCGUCUCUCUGCAACCAGAGCUACUGUCCAACGGUUUCCAAGAAGUGGCGUGUGUCAAAACAUCACGACCCAUGUCACCGAUGCCAAACUUUGGAACACCUUUGGAAGAAUCGAAAAAAUUGCCCUCCGAACCGAGUUCUCCUGUAAAGGAGUGUCCAGCGGGCGAAACAGAUCCUCAGGGUGAAUCAUCCGGAUCGGCCUCGUCGACCGCUCAAGUGACCGCCGUACAACAAAAACAACAUCAUUCACAAGACACCGACUCCGGCAGCACAAGCACAACACGCGAGAUUACGCCCUGCUCGGAAGAAGGACAACUCGAUUCACUGGAUGACGUGGCUAUGGGCCGUAAUGGAUCCAGCACCACUCGUCCAGCAAUAGCCCGCGAAACCAGCGUCGAUACCAUUGCGUCAAAUUUCUCUAGCCUUUGUGCUACCAAACCGGAAGAGUGGAUGGCACCGUUGAAGAUAUUCCACGAGGGAAAUCUAUGCCUGCCGUACUUGUCGCUGCCAUAUAUGGAUCUUCUAACGGAUCCUGCGGUUAAGGGAUACAUCAUUGGUGCAUCGAAUGUACUUUUCCAACAGAAGCGACAACUGGCAGACGUAAUGAUUGAUGUGGAGAACGCUGUGAUUGAUGUGUACGAUCUGGAUCUCAAGCGGCAAACUCAACUAAGCACAGAGGAUCUUCGAUUUGCUGACUUCAUCAUCAGAAAUGUGCAGAACCCCAAAGAAGAUGCCGAGGGAAGCGAGGUAUGGAUCAGGGAGCAAUUUUAUGGUUAUCUGGUAGCGCUUCUGAAGUCAUCGCUGUGUCCAGAAGGCAGCAAAGAGCUGGAACAUUUUAAUGUGCAUUUCAUGAGCGCCCUCAAGACAACUCAAUGCUAUCAAGACUGGUUGGAACGCAGCGGCGGGGAAACAAAUCGUGCUUUGGAAGCUUUGGUAGUCGGACACCCUUUCGCGGGAACUCUCUCAGUUGCUGAUAUGAAGCUACGCAUCGCACAAACCAUGCAAAAUAGCGAAAGCGGUCGCAAACUAAACCAAGCGGUCAACACAACUAGUCGAGCAGUGGGUGGUGCUAUCACCACUGCUAAAGGAGCAUUCUCCACGUGGUGGACAUCCAUUACGGCGGCUGUCCCGGCGGCAUCUCCGGUUUCAGACCAGCUGCAGGCACACAGCGCACAAUCUGACAAUGCUCAAUCAACGCCCGCCAAUAACAACAACGAGGAUCAAUGCUCCGAAUCGAGCGAUUGCGAUGAAGAUCCGGAUCAGAAUAGUAGUUUCAGCGAUAGCGAUCAAAGUCAGAGCGAUGGUCCUCCAAUCCCGAGCCGGCCAAUAGCGACGGCCGAACUAACGGCAGAAAAAACUAACAAUAUUAUCGAAAUAGGAAAAGAGGCUGAACUGCUGGAUCGUAAGCAUAAAAUCUUCGAUAUUUAAAAAACAAAGUUACCCACCGCUUGGUUUGGAAAGAAUGCAUGCGAAACAGAUAUUUAAAAUCAUUCCAUAUGGGCGAAUUUAUCAAGACGGGCAAAUUGUUCAAAUGUCAUGUUGUAAGUUACAUUGUGUUUCCGUUCCUUUAUAAUGUACUUAGACCCUGAACAGAUUAAAUAACUGCUACGCUGACUCACUUACUACAAUCGAUAGUAAUAAAUAUUCAUCUCGCUUAAAUAGAACAAGCAAAACACUGAAAUAAUCGUGAAACAUUUAGCCAUCGUUGAGUAUAACCACGAUCUGUUUAGAGUCAUAUUCUAAGUUCUCAUAAAGUAUGAAAAUAGAGAAUGAUAUACAACUGUGUGAUAAAAAAUAAUAAUUAGAAAUUCACAGAAUAUCGCCACAAAAUAGCUGUCUAACAAUAAAACAUGCGUUACAAAUAAAACCAUAUAAACAUAACAAA